UUCAAAAAUCAAAAUCCAAAACCCUCCUCCAUUUUCAAUUCUAAAUCCCCCUUCAAAUUAUCAGAUUUAUUAUUAAUUAAACAAUUAAUCAAGUAUAAGAAUAGAAUAAAUGGAAGGAGAAGAUGAAUGUAAAGGAGCAGCAGUAUUAAAAGGUGUUCCGGCAUACGGUGGUAGAUACAUACAUUACAAUGUACUGGGUAACCUUUUCGAGGUUUCUUCUAAAUACGUUCCGCCUAUUCAGCCCGUUGGCCGUGGUGCUUACGGUAUCGUCUGUUGUGCUAAGAAUUCUGAGACAAAAGAAGAGGUGGCAAUCAAGAAAAUUGGGAAUGCAUUUGACAACAAUAUUGAUGCCAAGAGGACUUUAAGGGAAAUUAAACUUCUCUGUCACAUGGAUCAUGAGAAUGUUGUCAAAAUUAAGGAUAUCAUCCGGCCACCAAAUAAAGAGAAGUUCAAUGAUGUUUACAUUGUGUAUGAGUUGUUGGAUACUGAUCUUCAUCAGAUUAUCCGCUCUUCUCAGGCACUGACAGAUGACCACUGUCAGUAUUUUCUGUAUCAGUUAUUACGUGGCUUAAAGUACGUUCACUCUGCAAAUGUUUUGCACCGUGAUCUGAAGCCAAGCAACUUGCUUCUGAAUGCAAAUUGUGACCUAAAGAUUUGUGACUUUGGGCUUGCAAGAACAACAUCUGAGACAGAUUUCAUGACUGAAUAUGUUGUUACUAGGUGGUAUAGAGCCCCUGAGUUGUUGCUAAACUGCUCAGAGUAUACCACAGCCAUUGAUAUCUGGUCAGUUGGUUGCAUUCUGAUGGAGAUUGCUUUGAGGGAGCCUCUAUUUCCUGGCAAAGACUAUGUGCAGCAAUUGGUACUUAUUACUGAGCUUUUAGGUUCACCAGAUGAUUCAGAUCUUGGGUUUCUCAGAAGUGAUAAUGCUCGGAAGUAUGUCAAACAGCUUCCGUAUGUCCCAACCAAGACUUUUCAGAAGAAGUUCCCAAAUGUAUCUCCCCUAGUGAUAGAUCUUGCAGAGAAGAUGUUAGUAUUUGAUCCCUCGAAACGCAUAAGCGUUGAGGAAGCUCUUAAUCACCCGUUUUUGCAAAGUCUACAUGAGAUCAACGAGGAGCCUACUUGUUCAUCUCCUUUUGUCUUUGAUUUUGAGCAAGCAUCUUUAAGUGAAGAGGACGUGAAGGACCUCAUUUGGAAAGAAACUUUGAAGUUCAAUCCAGAUAUUGUAGUUUCGGAGUAAUUUCUACUCUAAAUCCUUUGAUUGUUGUCCAAUGACGACUUACAGAAUGAUUCAAGCGAGUUUCUUGAUUGUAGCAGAGCUGAACUGCCUUUUCUUUCAUGAUCACGAUUCACUAGAAGGAACCAAUGAACCAUUUUGAUUCAGUCGGAAGAUUACAAAACGGAUAAUCUAUUGCUGCUUCGAAAAGAUCUGUUUGACUUAUUUCUACAUGUCUUUUGUCACUCUCGGAACUAGUCUGAGGUUAGACUCGGUUUCUAUUUGUAUCCUAAAAAUUGAGCUUGUGUAAUGAUUUUUUUUUCUUUUGAGAAGGGAUGAAGGUUAAUGAAAAUAACCCGUUCCUUUUGACAAAUCUUGAGAUAAACGUUUUAGCGGAUUGUACUUUGUGCAUCAAAUCAAACCAUUCAUGUAUUAUAAAGAAGUUUAUUGUA